CGAUUUAAAAAAAAAAGGAAAAGGAAAAAUGUCAAAAUGAAAUCUUUAUCCCCAAAAUUUUGAAAUUCAAAAAAAAAAAAUCCAUUGCUAAUAGUCUCUCACUCAAAUCUCAAGAGUAGGUCGUUGUCGGCGAUGUUUUCUGGCAGGGAGAAUCCGAGGGGGACAGCAAAUGUAAAGAUGAAAAUUUUUUUUGUGCAGAUCUUUGAGAGGAAGAGGCGAAUCAUCGAGCAGGUCAAGCAACAAGUAGACAGUGGCGGAGCCAGCCGCAAAAUUUAACGGGGUCACUAUAACUAAAUAAUGGGUCAAGUUAGUUUUGAGUAAAUAUUUUAGCGGGGUCAAUACACUGAUUUUAUAACAUUUCACUAGUUAUUUAAUAGAAAAUACAUGUAAUAAUUUUUUGCAAUGAAAUUUCAUGGGGGUCAACGACGGUACAACUCUGUGUUCAAGUUCCUUUUCUUUUUGCAGGAAAUGAGGGAACAAAAACCUUAAUAGCUUCAGCCCAAGUUCAUAGAAUAGCUUGUGAAUACACACUCUUUGUGCUUGCUUAUCCUAUUGUAUCACAUUAUAUUAUUAUCAUAUUAGAAUCUGCCAAGAUUCCUUUAUGCUUUUGUAAGGAUUACUGAAUGGGUAAUGUAAUAAACAAUUAGUCAGUCAUCCCACUGACGUUCACAUUCAUACUUAACGGCUAGUUUCUAUUUAUAUAUAGAUUCUUAGGUUCUGUGGAUUCUCCUAGUGGAAAGAGCCAGGUGGUGCUGAAAGCAAGAGAUUUGUACCUUUUCAAUAUAACCAAACUCUCACUUCUAGUUUAAUGUUAGAAUACUCCACUUUUGUAUCACACGAUCCGUUGUUAUUUAUUAAAGUAAACCAGCUAAAGUUAUAGAAUAUGGUCAUAGGUUAUUUUAGCACUUACUAUUGCACAAAACACUCAAAAUGAAGAUUAACUAGUGAAAUAUGUUUGCUGAGAGAUGCAUGUUGUGAUCCAAGAUGAGUCUAAAAUGCUGUUAAAAAACAGUAGACAGUCAAACCAUAGUUGGUGAGUCAAAUUUGACCUUGUCAUUAUUAAUAGAGACAGACAGAUACAUAAAUAAGGGAUUUAAAUGAAGUAAAAAGAUAACAUUCCAUCGUAUUCUAAUGCACGUGGUGGCGCCAUAUAUAUAUGCCAUUAAAACGGUCAGUUUUGAUUUUUGCGUCCACUUAUUAGGCCCCACCCGACCCGCUCUUCCAACUCUUUCACACUUGACUUAACGAACCCACCACAUACGACGCCGUGUAAGGUUCCAUCCUGAUAACCGUUGUUACAUCAAAAUUACAAAUAUACCCUCAUCUUCUUCAUCAUAUCAAUUCGAAUCCAUUUUCCCACCACACUAUCUCUCUCUCUCUCUCUAAUGGCUUCUUCAAGAAAGCUUCUUGCUCUCUUCUUCUUUAUCUCAAUAGCGGAACCAAUCUUUGUCUCCUCCGAUAACGUCAACUUCACAUUCAAAUCCUUCACCAUCCGAAACCUCACGUUCCUCGGCGACUCCCAUCUCCGAAACGGCGUCGUGGGACUCACGCGGGAGCUAGGCGUACCCGACACGAGCUCCGGAACCGUAAUCUACAACACACCAAUCCGUUUCUACGAUCCAGUCUCAAACACCACGGCGUCUUUCUCCACACACUUCUCCUUCUCCGUCCAAAACGUGAACCCAGACUCCUCCGGCGACGGGCUCUCCUUCUUCCUCUCCCACGACAACGACACCUUAGGAAGCCCCGGCGAGUUCUUGGGCCUCGUGAACUCCUCCCAGCCCAUGAAGAACCGAUUCGUCGCGAUCGAAUUCGACACCAAGCUCGAUCCGAACUUCAACGAUCCGAGCGGGAACCACGUCGGGCUAGACGUCGAUAGCUUGAACUCGAUCGCCACGUCGGAUCCGUCGAUCGAUCUCAAAUCCGGGAAAUCGAUCACGUCUUGGAUCGAUUACAAGAACGAUAUGCGUUUGCUUAACGUCUUCUUGAGCUACACUGAUCCUAUAGCUACAACGAAGAAGCCAGAGAAGCCUAUUUUGUCAGUGAACAUCGAUCUUUCUCCGUUCUUGAACGGUGAGAUGUACGUAGGGUUCUCCGGCUCCACGGAAGGAAGCACGGAGAUUCAUCUCAUCGAGAAUUGGAGCUUCAAGACGUCUGGUUUUGUUCCGGUUAGAUCGAAAUCUAACCGUCCUCACAACGUUUCAGGUAGCUCUGCAGCUCCUGUGGCUAUACCUAAGGGUGGAAGAAGACGUCAAAGACACGGUCUCGCGAUUGGACUUGGGAUCUCUUGUCCUGUCUUCUUCUGUUUAGCUCUCUCGGUGUUCGGUUACUUCACGUUGAAGAAGUUGAAAGGAGUUAAAGCGGAGAAGGAGCUCAAGACGGAGCUAAUCACAGGCCUUAGAGAGUUUAGCUACAGAGAGCUUUACGCAGCUACGAAAGGGUUUCACUCCAGUCGUGUCAUUGGGAGAGGAGCGUUUGGGAAUGUGUACAGAGCUAUGUUUGUUUCGUCGGGAACGAUCUCUGCUGUGAAGAGAUCGAGGCAUAACUCGACGGAAGGGAGGACGGAGUUUCUAGCUGAGUUGUCCAUCAUUGCUUGCUUGCGGCACAAGAAUCUUGUUCAGCUGCAGGGUUGGUGUAACGAGAAGGGAGAGUUGCUUCUUGUUUACGAGUUCAUGCCUAAUGGGAGUCUUGAUAAGAUUCUGUAUCAGGAGUCGGAGACUGGAGCUGUGGCUCUUGACUGGUCGCAUAGGCUGAACAUAGCGAUUGGUUUGGCUUCGGCUUUGUCUUAUCUUCACCAUGAGUGUGAGCAGCAAGUGGUUCACAGAGAUAUAAAGGCAAGCAACAUAAUGCUAGACAUCAACUUUAACGCGAGGCUGGGGGACUUUGGUCUCGCUAGGCUCACUGAGCACGAUAAAAGCCCUAUCUCGACGUUAACAGCUGGUACGAUGGGGUAUCUCGCACCGGAGUAUCUCCAAUACGGGACUGCGACUGAGAUGACUGAUGCGUUUAGCUACGGAGUGGUGAUUCUUGAGAUUGCUUGCGGGAGAAGGCCGAUAGAUAAAGAGCCUGAGAAUCAAAAGACUGUCAACUUGGUGGAUUGGGUUUGGAGAUUGCACAGUGAAGGAAGAGUGCUUGAUGCUGUUGAUGAGAGGUUGAGAGGCGAGUUUGAUGAGGAGAUGAUGAGGAAGCUGUUGCUGGUUGGGCUUAAGUGCGCACAUCCGGAUAGUAAUGAGCGACCAUCGAUGAGACGUGUGCUACAGAUACUGAACAAUGAGGUUGAGCCUAGUCCGGUUCCGAAGAUGAAACCAACGCUAUCUUUCUCUAUUGGGUUGAUAAGUCUUGAUGAUAUUGUUUCCAAAGAUGAUGGAGACAGCAUCGUGUAGAAGUUCUUUUUAAUUUCUUACGUUUGAAAUUUGUUUUGAUUUUUGUAACAAAUGUGUGGCCUUUGGUUCAAUGAGUUUAUAUUGAACGAUUAGGUUUUUGUAUUCAUAUAAGCCCCAUAUCCCAAUCCAAUUCAAAAAAACCAAAAACAAAAA